UUGCUCGCCGCCCGCGAAAAUACACUAAACCACACCAGCAGAACCUUAAACGCAAACCCCCAAUAAAGUUCCCUGCCGGAACCAUCCUUCCACCAUGCUGUCCCACCUCACAAACCCCCACCCACCCCCCGUCCCCCCCAUCCCACUCCAAUACACCACCCACGCAAAACCACACCACCUCCACCGGCCCCUCUCCGCCCCCUACCUCAUCGCUUCUCCACCCUCAAACGUACCGAUGCAGCUUAAACCGCACCGCCGCAAACCGGUGAAUUACGAGAAUUUAGUUGUUGAUACCAAUGCGGCGACGGGGGAGGUAGCGCGGGGUGGAUAUGGAUUGGAGACGGUUGAUUCGGCGGGGUAUCUGGCGAGCAAUGAGGAAUUGAGUGCGGGUGCCGGCGUGGCGGAGAAGGAGAAGAGUAGGGGGAGAUCCAGGUCUCGGACACCAUCUAGCGCCCCAUCGCACCCCAUCGCACCCCCCAAACGCCGGGACUCCCUCGCUUCCACCCACUCCCGCUCCAUUUUCUCCCCACCAGGCUCCCACGCGCGGGCACCGCCCUCCCCUAUCGUCAAAAAAUCAGGCCUGAUGUCCAAAAUCGCAACCAUGGGUGAAGUCCUUCGCGACACGUGGGUUACUGAUCCGCGGCCUGAGCAUUUACGUGAGCAGCGGGGGCAGCUCUCGGCGGAGAGUUUGGAGAGUUUGGAGAGUUUGGGGGAAAGGAGAAGUAGGGGGAGUAGUGAGGUGCCGGAGGCGCAGGGGGUGGGAGAGAGAGAAAGAGUGGAGAAAGAGACUGAGAAGGAGAAUCACGACCCGUCGAUGUAUACGUAUAGGACUAAGCAUAGGGCGGAGUUUGAGCGGCGGAGACGGAAUGAUUUGGCACUAUCAGCAGAAGUCUCGCGCCUCGAAGAGCUAGUCGCGGCACGACAGAGCGAGACGCAGGACUUACACGCCGCGGUUGAGUUGCUGGCUAGGAGGUGUAAGGCGUUGGAGGGGCAGGUUGUCGGAUUGGGUGAGGUGCCUGUCUCACAGACGGAUGAGUCUUUGCAGCAGAAUCGGUUGAACGAUGUAGCUCUGAGGAUCGUAAAGAGGUCUGAGAUGAACAACGGCAUCGCAGUAGCCAACGCCCAAUCGACAGCUCUUAUGGAAGAAAUCCAUGCCAAAACCCGUCAAAUCCGCCGCCACCUCAAACUCCUCAUCCCAGCGCGCGAAGAACAGGAACAGGGUGCCGCUACGGCUGCCGAGGGGGUUGUUAAGUGUGAGGACGGGAACGAUGGUGAGACGAUGGGCGCGCCGCCGCCGGCGCCGAAGCGACUUAGUUCGGUUGCUGAGGAGGCGGGUGUGUCGUCUGUGUCUGGGAUGACGGUCGUGCCCGUACCUCUUAUCAGUGUUACUGAAGGGAAGAGCGAUGGUGGGCGUGAACAGGCCGAGCAGAAGAGUGACCUGGAGACUGUGCAGGAGACUAGGCGUCCGGCUGGGGAGUCGCAUGCAUCAUCGGACGACAUCCACAGCUCCGCAGCUCCAGCAUCCUUGGAGCAGUCUGAACCCGAACACGCGGUGGUCGAAGAGCCGAAUUUACCGUCACAUUCUACGAAAGCCAUACAAGACAUUCAAACCGCACCAUCGCACCAACCAUCACCACCAACACCUGAAACAGAAACAAAGCUAACCACGCCGAUACCAUCAACGGCCUCAAACCCCACCCUUCCAAACCCCACCUCCUCAAUCUCCAUCACGGACGGGUUUGCGGACGAUCUGCUUGGGAUAAUGAACGAUUACGGGUUAUGAGAAGGGGACGGAGACGACGGAGACGUUGUUGAAUAGUUCGUUGUACGUGUAUGCGUGUAUAGGAGAUGUUUUGAAGCAUAAGUCGAUGGGGCUGGUUCCCGGGGAAAUGGACCGUUGUUCGUGGUCCAAUAUAUUUC